AUGUCGGCCUUUGUGAAAAUGCCACAUGCGCCGACCUUCGAGGCCGAGACGUACGAGUAUAAGCACUAUUUGCCCAACUAUCCUGUUCGUGAUCUCGAGCCUCAUGUUGAGCUCAAGAUGGCCGAUCGCGGUUUCAAUGCCGAUCCCGAGAUGAAGGCGUUCCUCGGCGCUGCGACCAAGGUCACCAAUCUGACCGCUUGCAUCGGCACUGAGUUCGAGGGUAUCGACCUUCGCCAGCUGUCCGAUAAGCAGAAAGACGAGAUGGCUUUGUUCGCUGCCAAACGUGGUGUCCUCGUCUUCCGCAAGCAGGAGAUUUCAAUCGAGGGUAUGCUCGAUCUCGCCAGGUACUGGGGUCCAUUGCACGUGCAUUCGACGACCGGUCAUCCCGCCAAAGGCCCAAGCGAUUUUGCCCUGGACGCCGUAGUUCUCGUGUGGAACGACGGAACCAAGGAUGUCGACCGCAUUAACCAUGACAGGCGUUUGGCUUGGCACUCUGACCAGAGCUUCGAGAUCAACACCCCCGGCCUGACCUCUCUUAAGGUGAUCACCAACCCCCCUGAGGGGGGCGACACCAUUUGGAGUAACUCAGCGGCGCUUUUGUCUUCCUUCUCCCCUGAAUUACAAGAGUACCUCUCCAAGCUCAGCGCGCUUCACAGCAGUGACCGUCAGAAGAAGGGAGCUCUGGACCAAGGCAUUUACAUCCGGCGUCCGCAAACCGACUGCAUCCAUCCCGUUGUUCGUGUUCACCCCGUCACCGGUAUGAAGGCGCUGUUCGUCAACCCCUCCUACACUCGUCGCAUCGUCGGCGUGCCUAAGGCCGAGUCCGAUAUGAUCUUGAACUUCAUCUACGGACAGAUCUCGCUCUGUGAGGAGUUCAAAGUUCGCGUCAAGUGGGAGAAGGACAGUAUUGUCGUUUGGGACAACCGUGUUCUCUGGCACACGGCCACUUACGACAUAUACCCAUACAAGCGCCAUGCUCUUCGGGCGACACCGGUCGGUGAACGCCCCAUGAGCGUGAAGCAGUAUAUCAAGCAGUACGGCAAGGAACCCACUUCUUGGGACGAAGAGCGCUUGAAGAAGCUGGGUGAGAAUCCUCAGGCAUUCCUUGCCACCUAUAAGGAUCCCGAACCGCUGUAA